AUGGCGGCAGUGGCUUUGCCACCAGCUAAACCUCCGUCGAUCUCGUCCACGACCAUGACCACCACCACCACCACCACCGCUACCGCCGCCGACGGAACCACCACCACAACCCUAAUCGCCUCCGCCGCCGGUGGCACCACUGCCAUCACAACCACCACCACGAUCAAAACCACCUCCGCCGCCGAUGGCACCACCACCAUCACAACCACAACCAUCACCACCACCGCACCACCAACCACCUCUGCUGUCGCCACCACCACCGUAUCCUCCCUCGGACAGGACCAGCUUGUCGAGAUCUUCCUCCGCCUGCCCAACCUGCCGGCCCUCAUCCGCGCCGCGCUCACCUGCCGCUCCUGGCUCGGCGCCGUCCGCUCCUCCCCGUCCUUCCGCCGCCUCUUCCGCGUCCUCCACCGGACGCCCCCCAUCGGCCUCUUCCUCAACAUCGACGGCGCUGCCACCCCCUCCUUCGUCCCCCUCCGCCGCUCAGAUCCGGAGGUCACCGCCGCCCUCCGCCGCGGCGACUUCUUCCUCACCUCCCUCCCAGUGAAGGCCGGCACGUUAACGACCUGGGGUGUCAUGGACUGCCGCGACGGUUACAUCCUCCUAUGGAACAAGCUCGAUAGGCCGUCAGUGGACAAGCCCUCCGUCGCCGUCGUGAACCCCAUGACCUGGGCCGUGGACAUCAUCCCGUUGCCCGGCAAUGUCAAGGCUGGGAAACGUCGCAAUUUCGCCUUCCUUGGUUUCCACCUGCUGUGCUCCGAUGAGAAGCCCUCGUCCUUCGGCGUCGUCUGUGUCUGCGGGGAUAAGCUAAGGGUUCGUCUCGCCGUCUUCUCGUCCGAGACGUGGGAUUGGGUUGUCCACCCGUGGGUGGAAAUCUAUGGACGCAAGAAUCUAAAGUUUGGUUCUGGCACACUCGUGGAUGGGUCUGUUUACUGGCCUUUCCAUGGCGAAGGGCGCAUGAUAAGGAUCGACACUGCGACCAUGGAUAUCACAUCUGUGGAUCUACCCCCGCAGGUGACGGUGGAGGGGUGCAAUUUCAUGGCUGGGGAGACCAAGGAUGCCCAACUCUGCAUUGUCUAUGCAUCUGAUGAUUUUGCUCUUCAUGUUUGGACCCGCGGUGUGGAUGGUGAUGGGAUUGAGAUUUGGGUGCCGCAGAAGACAAUUGGUCUGAGUGAAAUUGAUAGGAUCACUAUGGACCUGGAGGGCGACCUCGAAGUCGUGCAGGUUAGGUCUGGAUGCGUGUACUUGUCCACAACAUGCAUGACACCCGUUGGUACAUUCCGCUGCUGGUUCUUCUCCCUUUCACUGGAGACAAUGGAGCUUGAGUUACUGGUCGAGGGAUGCUUUGAUGGGGGUGCCUGUCCGUAUAUUAUGGCCUGGCCUCCUUGUUUGGUUGGUGAUGAUGGGAGCAUCGGACAUGAAGUUGAAGGUUCUCAAUGAAGCCUGCAGUUG